AGCUGGUCGGUGGCUGGUCUGGGAUCAGUUUAUGGAGAAACGGAAUGAAAUGUUCAGAUCCAGUCAGCUGUGUGUUUGACUGAGAUUGAAGACUGACGGCUGAAUUUUGUGUGUUUGUGUCCUCAGGUGGCUGCAGAUUUUCACCAACAUGGAAAGGAUGCAUCAGAACCCAGGACCAAGACCAGGACCAGAACUCAGUCUUGUCUCCAUGAAGGAUCCUUGCUCAAAGGGCGCUGCCAUGUUCUUUGACAGACGACUACGUUCUCCUGAGGAGGAGAUCCAUCAAAACCUAGAACCAGGACCAGAACCAAGACCAGGACCAGGACCCAGCUGUGUGUCUAUGAAGAGUGAUGGAUCAAAGGACAACGUCAUCGGGUCUAAAAGACGACAACAUUCUGCUGGAAAGAAGAUCCAUCAAAACUCAGAACCAGGACCAGAACCCAGCUGUGUGUCUAUGAAGAGUGAUGAUUCAAUGGGUGAUGUCAUCAACUUUAAAAGACGACAACGUUCAGCUGGAAUGAAGAUUCAUCAGAACCUAGGACCAGGACCAGAACCCAGCUGUGUGUCUAUGAAGAGUGAUGAUUCAAUGGGUGACAUCAUCAACUUUAAAAGACGACAACGUUCUGCUGGAAAGAAGAUUCAUCAGAAACCAGGACCAGGACCAGGAUCAGGACCCAGCUGUGUGUCUAUGAAGAGUGAUGAUUCAAUGGGUGACGUCAUCAACUUUAGAAGACGACAACAUUCUGCUGGAAAGAAGAUCCAUCAAAACCUAGAAAUAGAACCCAGCUGUGUGUCUAUGAAGAGUGACGAUUCAAUGGGUGACGUCAUCAACUUUAAAAGACGACAACGUUCUGCUGAAAAGAAAGUGGAGCAGCAGAACUCAGAGGUUCCCAGAGCUCAGUCUGACCAGCAGCAUCACCUGGACUCCAUAUUCAUGCUGCUGGAGGACAACAUGGUAACUUUUGUAAAGAAGGAGCUGAAGAAGAUGCAGAAGGUUGUGAGUCCGGAUUACCCACAAUGCUCAGAGAGUCAGAGGGAGGAUGAGGAGGAGUUGGAGGGUGAUGGUGAAGAUCAGAGGAGCAGCAGAGAGAUGUUUCAGCAGAUCACAGUGUUGUUCCUGAGGAGGAUAAAGCAGGAGAAGCUGGCUGACUGUCUGCAGAGCAAACUUGCUGCUGCAGUUUGUAGACGUAAACUUAAAUGUGACCUGAAGAAGAAGUUCCAGAGAGUGUUUGAAGGCAUCGCUAAAGCAGGACAGCCGACCCUCCUGAAUGAGAUCUACACAGAGCUGUACAUCACAGAGGGAGGGACUGCAGAGGUCAAUGAUGAACAUGAGGUCAGACAGAUUGAAGUAGCAUCCAGGAAAGCAGACAGAGCAGAAACAAGAAUCAGACCAGAAGACAUUUUUAAAGGCUCACCUGGAAGAGAUGGACCAAUCAGAACAGUGAUGACACAGGGAGUGGCUGGCAUCGGGAAAACAGUGUUAACACAGAAGUUGACUCUGGACUGGGCAGAAGACAAAAGCAACCAGGACAUCCACUUCAUGUUUCCAUUGACUUUCAGAGAGCUGAAUGUGGUGAAAGAGAGAAAGUUCAGUUUGGUGGAACUCAUUCAUCACUUCUUCAGUGAAACCAAAGCAGCAGGAAUCUGUAGGUUUGAAGACUUCGAGGUUGUGUUGAUCUUUGAUGGUCUGGAUGAGUGUCGCCUUCCUCUGGACUUCCACAACAAUGAGAUCCUGACUGAUGUUACACAGUCCACCUCAGUGGAUGUGCUGCUGACAAACCUGAUCAGGGGGAAUCUGCUUCCCUCUGCUCACCUCUGGAUAACCACACGACCUGCAGCAGCUAAUCAGAUCCCUCCUGACUGUGUGGACAUGGUGACAGAGGUCAGAGGGUUCAAUGACCCACAGAAGGAGGAGUACUUCAGGAAGAGAUCCAGAGAUGAGGAGCAGGCCAGCAGCAUCAUCUCCCACAUGAAGACAUCACGAAGCCUCCACAUCAUGUGCCACAUCCCAGUGUUCUGCUGGAUCACUGCUACAGUUCUGGAGGAGCUGCUGAGAAGCAGAGAGGGAGGAGAUCUGCCCAGAACCCUGACUGAGAUGUUCAUCCACUAUCUGGUGGUUCAGACCAAAAUCAAGAAUGUCAAGUAUGAUGGAGGAACUGAGAUAGAUCCACACUGGAGUCCAGACAGCAGGAGGAUGAUUGAGUCUCUGGGAAAACUGGCUUUUGAGCAGCUGCAGAAAGGAAACCCGAUCUUCUAUGAGUCCGACCUGGCAGAGUGUGGCAUCGAUUUGGAAGCAGCCUCAGUGUACUCAGGAGUGUUCACGCAGAUCUUUAAAGAGGAGAGAGGGCUGUACCAGGACAAGGUGUUCUGCUUCGUCCAUCUGAGCGUUCAGGAGUUUCUGGCUGCAGUCUACAUGUUCCACUGUUACAGCAACAGGAAGGAGAAGGUUCUGGAGGACUUCUUUAGAGAAGAGUGGAAUGGUCUUUAUAUUGCUGCUGCUGUUGCUGCUGCUUCUGAUGAUGAUGCUGAUCAUGAUGAUGAUGAUAACACAGACAUCUCAUCUCUGGAUGUGUUCCUGAAGAGAGUGAUGGAGAAAUCCCUCAGAAGUAAAAAUGGUCACCUAGACCUGGUUGUUCGCUUUCUUCAUGGCCUCUGUCUGGAGUCCAACCAGAGACUGUUAGGAGGCCUGCUGGGUCAGACAGAGAACCAUCCAGAAAUGAUCCAGAGAGUCAUCAACAACUUGAAGGAGAUGGAGAGUGAUGAAAUAUCUCCAGACAGAAGCAUCAACAUCUUCCACUGUCUGAUGGAGAUGAAGGAUCUCUCAGUUCAUCAGGAGAUCGAGGAGUUCCUGCAGUCAGAGAACAGAUCAAAGAAGAGACUUUCUGAGAUCCACUGCUCAGCUCUGGCCUACAUGCUGCAGAUGUCAGAGAAGGUUCUGGAUGAGUUGGACCUGGAUAAGUACAACACGUCAAAGGAGGGAAGACGGAGACUGAUUCCAGCUGUGAGGAACUGCAGAAAGUUUCGGCUUUCUAGCUGUGGACUCUCAGAGAGUCACUAUGAAGUCAUAGCCUCAGCUCUGAAGUCCAACCCCUCCCAUCUCAUCGAACUGGACCUGAGUAGAAACUACCUGCAGGAUUCAGGAGUGAAGCAUCUUUCUGCUGGACUGCAGAAUCCAAACUGUAAUCUGGAGACUCUCAGAUUGUCAAACUGCUGUUUGUCAAAGAUCAGCUGUGAUUCUGUGAUCUCAGCUCUGAAGUCCAACCCCUCUCAUCUGGAACGUCUGGACCUGAGUAAGAACUACAAGCUGAAGGAUUCAGGAGUGAAACAUCUGAGUGGUUUUCUGGAGAGUCCAGACUGCAUCCUGAAGACUCUGAGACUGGAAGGCUGCUGUUUGUCAAAGAUCAGCUGUGAUUCUGUGAUCUCAGCUCUGAAGUCCAACCCCUCUCAUCUGGAACGUCUGGACCUGAGUAAGAACUACAAGCUGAAGGAUUCAGGAGUGAAACAUCUGAGUAGUUUUCUGGAGAGUCCAGACUGCAUCCUGAAGACUCUGAGACUGGAAGGCUGCAGUUUGUCAGAGAUCAGCUGUGAUUCUCUCGUCUCAGCUCUGAAGUCCAACCCCUCCCAUCUGGAACAUCUGGACCUGAGCUGGAACAAAGACCUGAAGGAUUCAGGAGUGAAACAUCUGAGUAGUUUUCUGGAGAGUCCAGACUGCAUCCUGAAGACUCUGAGAUUGGAGGACUGCAGUUUGUCAGAGAUCAGCUGUGAUUCUCUGCUCUCAGCUCUGAAGUCCAACCCCUCCCAUCUGGAACAUCUGGACCUGAGCAGGAACAACCUGCAGGAUUCAUCAGUGAAACAUCUGUUAGAUCUUGUGAAGAGUCCAGACUGCAUCCUGAAGACUCUGAGAUGGAAGUGAUGCUGAUCAGGACGGUGUUUGUGCUGAGAGGAUGAAGUGUGUCCUGAUGAUCCAGAGGUUGAAGCAGCAGCAGCAGCUGGUGUGUAGAGACUGUGACUGGACCAUGUUACUGGGAGGUGGACUAGGAACCAGUAUGAAGUGUGUUGUUCCUGUAUAGUUUAGUGUUGCAGCUCCACACUGUGAAUGAUGGAGAAGUUCAGUUAAUGUUGACUUGAUCCGUUGGAGGUUGAUGUCAGGCUGCAGAGUGUGCAGGAAGUUUCAGGAUGUUUCUGUCAGUGCAGGAUUAUAUUUCAGUUGACUAUCUAUUUCCAGUUGCAGUCAAAGUUGUUGAGCUUCUCUACCUGCAACACAUUGAGCUGAUGAGAACAAAGUGUCCUGGUAACUUCUGGAAUUAGAUGAGAAAUCUGUCAUGAAAAAUCCUUCAAUCCUCAGAACCAAACUAUAUUUUGUGAACUGUCUCUAAUUGUAUGUCAUUUUAGAAAUAUAUCAAAGCCAAAUUUUACUGUCUAUUAAAUAAAAAGAAAUGUUUGUGAA